AUGACGAUUUGGACUGUCAAAGCCAUUGCCAUCACUGGCAGUGCCUUAGCCAAGAUCGUUAGGCGGCUGAAAAGUCCACCAAGAACACUACCAGUACCGUACUCCCACAGACGACCCAUUGACAUACUAUCUCUCUUCUCACCUAUCAUGCACCCAACCACCAACCGCACACCAUCAUUCUUUGACUUUCUACGUAAUGCACGACAGUUUACUGUCUAUCAGACUACCCCAAGAGCAACUUGUGGAGAGGUGUCUAGUUGCCAUUUUAAAUACAACUAAUGCAUUAUUAAUGAAUCAAAUCAAGCAAUACUAUUGACGCCAUCCCAAUGCUGUAGAUUUGCUUUCCCAACCCUGUUCCGCAUACAGAGCGUUUGCCUGGUGCCUGUCUGCUACCCAGCAUUACCGGUACGGCACACUCUUGCUGUUUGCAAGCUUCUCCGUAGCUCCUUGGCAACCCCUGCGGGAUACCCUGACACCCUCUUUUGGAGC